GGGGGGGGGGGGGUGAGGGGUUUCGUCAACUUCCAAUCUCCUCCUUUGCGGUCUAUACUUUUCGCAUCAUUAAUAUUCACUGUGGCUUCCCCUACUCUUGUCUAGACCUUGCUUUAUAUCAUUCUUACUUUCUCUUCUAGAUCGUUAUUAUCAUUUUCAUUUUCCGUUGCAACAUAUAUUUCUUUAAUGAUGACCAGUCUGUUUUUUUGCAUUUCAUUCCUUGGAAGUGUUUUAGUGUUUGAGUCAGUACGUCCAUGUUCAUAAUAUCCAUUAUCUUCAAAAUCCAUUGAUCUAUUGUUGGUUUCUCCUUUGAUCUCCACACCUUGGCGUAAUUGAUCCUGGCCGCCGUUGAUAAGAAGUGAAAGAGUUUCUCUUUGUUUUCUGCCAUUUUAUCAUCGAUUAUACCCAGCAAGUAGUAUUCUGGCUUCAAUCGAAUUUUUACCUUUUUUACCUUUUACCUUUAAGAUUUUCUGUAUUUCUUCAUGAAUCUCUGACCAAUAUUUCUUAGCCAUUCUGCAGUUCCACCACAUGUGUAUAAAUGUCCCCAUAUUUUGAGCACAAACUAUUCCUCCGAAGCUCUGAAGAUGCCAGUAGCCACAGAUGAAGACUAAAGGUCUGGAGAGAAUGCUACUGGAACAUGGCCAUGCAGCCCGAAAAACUCACAGCAACCCACUAUUUCUCUGAACUUUGCCUCAUCUUUUUCUCUCCCUUUGUCUUCUCUCUCGAUGCCAGUGGUUACCAGUGUUUGCUUUUGUAUUUAUUCGCUCCAGUGCCUCUUCAGGGCCCAACAGGCCAAAGGGCGAGCUCGAUGGUCAGCCCUGACGCCUGGGUGUCCGCUCAGUCUCUUUUCAGGCUCCCAGGAGGCCCUGACUGGGCUGCCCUCCGAGAAGGGUUCCUCUGAGACUUCCAUGGCGUCCCUCGCACCCACGACGAUGACAACGAACGCGGAGCCCCCCGUGCCGCCCCCCCACUGCCACUCCUGCCGCGGCUCCUGCUCCCCCAGCCAGAGCCAGCAGAAGCUCCAGGCCCAGAAGAAGCUCCGCAUCGCCUGCGCCGUCUGCUUCCUCUUCAUGCUGGGAGAGGUCAUCGGGGGCUACCUGGCCCACAGCCUGGCCAUCAUGACGGACGCGGCCCACCUGCUGACGGACAUGGGCAGCAUGGGGGUCAGCCUCUUCUCCCUCUGGGUCUCCACCCGGCCGGCCACCAGGACCAUGACCUUCGGCUGGCACCGCACAGAGACGCUGGGGGCGCUGGCCUCGGUCCUCUCCAUCUGGACCGUCACGGCGGUGCUGGUCUACCUGGCCUCGGCCCGCAUCAUCAGCAACGACUAUGAGAUCGAGGCCCCCGCCAUGCUGGGCACCUCCGCCUGCGCCGUCGGGGUCAACAUCAUCAUGGCCUACCUCCUGCACCAGUCUGGCUCCCCGCACGGCCACCACGGCCUGAGCCAGAGCGGCUACGAGCGGAUCGGGGAGAGCCCCUGCGGACCCCCCUUGGCCCCCCGCGGCAACACCAGCGUCCGGGCCGCCUUCGUCCACGUCGUGGGGGACCUGCUCCAGAGCAUCGGGGUCUUUGUGGCCGCCACCGUCAUCUACUUCAAGCCCCAGUACAAGAUCGCGGACCCCGUCAGCACCUUCCUGUUCUCCGUCUUCGUCCUGGGAUCCACGGCCACGAUCCUCCGUGACGUCUUCCGGGUCCUCAUGGAAGGGGCCCCACGAGGCGUGGAGUUCCAGGCGGUGAAGGAGCUGCUGCUGUCGGUCAAAGGAGUGAAGGCCACCCACGACCUGCACCUCUGGGCCCUGACCCUCAGCCACCACAUGGUGGCUGUCCACCUAGCCAUUGAGCCCGAUGCCGACAUGGAGGCCGUGCUGCAGGAGGCCACGGCCCUGCUCCAGAGCAAGUUUGGCUUCUUCUCCUGCACCAUCCAGGUGGAGCGCUACCUGGGAGACAUGGAAACCUGCCGCCAGUGCCAGGACCCCCGGGACUGAGGCCGGGCCCCCCCUCGGCGCCUGCACUGCCAGCCUCAGCCUCCUGCUGCCCGGGGUCCCCGCCCUCCGUGUUCGGCCAGAGCAUGCGGGGGGUUGGGGGGAAGGCCCCACAGAAGAGAGGGGCGGCCCGGCCCCCUCCCAUCUUCGUGCCACAUUCCAGCCAGACGGAGGGACGCCGCCCGCCCGCCCGCCCGCCCGCCCCGCCGCUUCCCUUGCCCAUCUCUGCCUCAGUGUCUUCGAUGUGUCGCUGCCAAGGGAUCCACCCGGGCCUCCAGCGGUCAAGGAGAGGCCGCCCUGCCCCUCCAGCCGGGCCCGUGUCGCUUGGCCAGGCCGCUGCCUCCCCCUCUCGUGUCUGUCUCUGCAUGUGUGUGUGUGUGUGUCAUGCUAACAGCAAACACUUGCACUAUGGAUGUCUUCUCUGGAAGGGGGUAGGAAGACCCUCCCCAAAAGGGUGGCUCAAGGGACCCUCUGUCCAGCCUCCAGGCCGCCGUCCAUCCGCUCCUUUGCUGUCUGUUUCUGCAGCAAACCCUAAUCAGAUCUAAACGGGGUGCCCCGGGAAAAGGCUCCCCACAGAAUCCUUGGGAUUGUCCUGUGUGGCAUGAACAUGCUUAGCGGUGGUCCCUCUGGAGGACUGCCGUGGGUGGGGAGGGGUGGCCAAGCCCACCUCCUGGUAGCCAAGUCCAAGACCUGGCCUACCUGCAUGCCAAGGAAUGCUCUUGGCAGGGACGGAGCCCCCAGGGGAGCAGCAGCAGCAGCAGCAGCGGUGGCCUCUUGGGAAGCGAGCCCCUGCCCCACAGCACAGGCCCACCCAGGUGCGCUCUGUCCAGCGGCAGGUGGUCACCCGUGAGGUGUGGUGCUCCAGGGCCCCAAACCCAGCCUCCUGCCAACAGUGACGGGGAAGGUUGCCGCAACCCUCUGCGCCAGGGAGGAGCGCGCAUGCCACGCGUUGUGUCCGUGACCUUGUGGAGUACGUGUGUGUCUCUGUGAGUCUGUCUGUCUGUCUCUCGUGUGCCACGUGUACCAGUGAACCCAAUAAAGCAAUGUGCCUCAAACCAAA